AUGGCGUUAAGUUUUGAAGAGCUCGCAGCGGUUUUUCAAAUUUGCGAUGUGGACAAUAAAGGGUUCAUUUGUGCCAAAGAUCUUGUGCGUGUUUCGGCCCAGUUCUCGACUUCAUCCUCCAGCCCUUCUUCAUCCAAUGGCAUUGAGCAAGUUAUUUCUCUUCUCCAACUGGAAGAUCAUGACGAGCUCGAUUUCGGCCAAUUCUGUACCCGAGUGCAACAAGUGCUGAAGCAUUCGCCAUUGACUCGGGAUGCACUGACUCUGGAGGCUUCAGGUGAAGGUUUUCCAGUCGAGAGGACAACCAGAUCGCAUGCUCGGCGAAAUCUCUUCGAUGCUAUGAACUCUUUCCAAUCCCCCCCAAUCGUCGACGACGUUCAUAGAAGCUUGAAGAAGAUCCAGCGACAACUCCUUGAGAUGCGAGAUGCUAGUUUGGAUUCCAAGUCUGAGAUAUUGUCCUUAAUGAAGGAGACGAGCAAGCGACACGAGGAUGAAUUCAAUCGAAGAGUGCUCCAAAUCCAGAACUUGUACGAGGAAAAGCUCAUGUCCGAGCAGAAACACAUGGAAGAUCUUUUGAGGAUGGAUGAGCGAGAUCGGUCGGCUCAGCUGGACAAGAUGGACGACGACAAGAAGGCCAUGUUAGUUCAGCUUCACACCUUGAAAGACCAAGUCAAAGGUCAGGCCAAGGAAGAAGCUUCGAAGCAUUGUAGUGAGUUGAAAGUGAGUAACUGUAUUUUAGAGGAGAAGGUCAAGAUUCUGGAGGAAAAAGUGCUACUGGAGAGUGAAAAUAACGUCAGAGUAAAGCGAGAGUUUGAAGCUGAAAGAGACAGGUUUGACGAAGAGAGGUUAUCGUUGUCCUUUGAGAAGGCUAGUUUCUCUUCUGAAAAGGACGAAUUUCGAGCGGUAUUGCACUCUCUUUUGCAACAGAUAAUGGAUCAGAAAGCCAUGUCUGAGCAAAAUGUGGUCCGUUUGAGUGAGCCCCUCAGUCCCAGAUUCGAUUUGGCCGUGGAGAUGUUGGAAAAUGACAACGAGCUCUUGGCCAAGGUGGAGAGUCUAACUGCCGAGAAUCAAGAGCUUAAAGACCGGAUCGAGAACCUUGUGGAACAAAAGGAAGCUCUUCAGGAACAAUUGGAACGUGUUCGAAACGAAAGAGAAGACUUUCGUAAGAGCUUCCGAAGUCUCGAGUGUGCCAAAACUGAAGAGAGUCGAAGCCUUAUUCAACAAUUCACCGGAGCAUUGCAUAAUUCCAAGAUGAAGACGCGGCUCAAAGAACUUGAUCAAAAACUCAGUGAAACCAAUCAAAGGAUGGAGGCUCAAAAGAGCUCGUACUCUCUAGAGCUAAAUGCUCUCCGAGUGUCGCUGAUCAAUUCCCGAAACGCUUUGCAAAUGCUUCAAUCCGAAAAAGAGGGUGAGAUUAACGACCUUAAACUGAGGUUAAGAGAAGGGGAGAGCGAGUUAAAAUGUGUCAAAGAAGCUGCGGGGUUCAUUCAAGCCUCACAAGAUGAUAAGCGAUGUCUUUCAAUCCUGGUCGACGACAUUGGGAGACAACAAGAAGCAAUUCUAACCAGACUCGAAGCCUUGGAGAAUCGAAGAAUCUCGUCGAAGGCUACGAGCUUUAGCUCACCCGAUGUGUUGCCCUGCUAA